CACGGUACAGGUAUGGCGGUUAGCGCAUCUCUAUCAACGGCCACAUCCAUCACAGGUAUUGCUCAGGUAAUCCAGAUCGUCAGUGCUAUCCCGCGGUACAAAACCUCAGUACAGCCUACAGGAUGUGUUGGAAAAUGUCUACCGUAAAUAGUUUCGAACAAGUUUCUUCAAGGUAAUGUGUUGGAAACUGUGAUCGACCCCGUUGUGAUUUGGCUAUAUUCCUGUUAUUAGAGGCCAGUUUUGUAUACACUGGUAGCCCAGGUCGCCUUAUUAAUAUGUUAAUGGACACGCCUGCUCCAGAUGUCCCCUCAAGUGGAACUGGUAUCGCGAACCAGGAACUUCCUUCCAACUUGGCACAGUCGCAGACGACAAGCGCCGAUAAAGGUAGUUUAUCCAAGAAGACGGCAAGAAAAGCCAAGAAGAAGCAGGACAAGAAAAAAUUUACAACUGACUUCAACAAAAUUGUUAAAAAGUUGGUUGAAGACGGCCACUUAGCUGCUGUUGGGGAGAGUGGAGUUGGGGACUUGACUCCUAGGCAGUUAAAUGAACCCGAAUCGAGUACUAUCAUCUGGUCCCCGGCCCUCGCGCGGCCAGGUAACGCGACCAUGGGGCUCGAGGACAAUGAACACAUGCACGACUUGUUGCAUUCCUUUUUGUUUGGUAGAGGGGACGAUGAAGCUGGACACCCACUUAUGAAUUUGGCGGUAAAUUCCCAGCUUCAACGUAUCCCGCAUAGGGAUUUAUCAGGAUCAGACUCAACUCAUUUAUCUGAACAGGAUUUGCUUCAAAGGAAUCAAACAAGGAAGCUGUCGGAUCAUGUUGAUAACACAACUGUGAUUGUUGAUUUUGUGCAAAAUCCGGAGGGAAGUAAUCCAAACGAUAUUCCGUCUGUGUCCGUAACUACUCCCACUCCCCCGGGACAGGAUCCCGAGGGAGACGCAUUCUCAAAGGCACCAUCAGGUGUAACCCCACCUACUACAGAGCAUACCUCCGUAGAUGAAACUUUUCCUGAACAGGACACUGGGGGUGAGGAUGAUGAUACCCACCCCACGGCAAAUGAGAGCAGCAUGGCUGGGAUUAAGGAUUCUAAUAUAAAAGAGAGUGCCAUGGCCGGGAGUGUGGAUUCUAAUAUCAAUGAAAGUGCCGUGGCGGGGGGUGUUAAUUCUUCUUCCAAGGUCAUUGCGGUGGACGGUAUCCCGGGGGAGGAUCCUGAAAAAAGUAUUACAAUACACAUUCACCAUCCUCCGGCUGUGGACAAAAAUAAAACAAGAUCUCUCAAAAAAAAGUGGAAGAAGAAAUGCAAGAGAGACUACUAUAACAUACCACAGGGACGUCAGUGCUGUCUUAAGGCUGUCCGCUGUUUAGACCAGCUACCCGAUAUAUUGGAGGAGAUAGACGACUUUGAUGACACACACACCAAUAAGUUGUUGGUUUGCAGCCACGUCCAGACCUCCCUGACCUGUCUGAGUACGACCCUCAAACAGAAGCAGUGCCGAAAUACAGCCAAGGACAUCAAUGCCAAAUUCAAACCACAACUUUCCGCAAUUACUAAAUUUUUCGACCCAAAGUGCAUCAAUACCGGACAGGAGACGACAACUCUACCAGCACGGGGUGAAGGUCAGAGUGGGUCUGGUGGCGGCGGUACCCACAUAAAUGCUGCUAUCAUUGGCGCUAGUGUUGGUGGUUUCAUCCUUGUAGGGGUUCUCCUUCUUAUUGUCCUCUUCAUGAAACGGAGAAAGCCAAACAGAGGCCAAUCAAAGAAGACUUCCCGGGACAAUGACGUGAAUGAUAAACGUGAAUCUUCUCGCUACAAGGACAUGGAGUUUGAGCGCGUCCACAGAAAGCACUCAGACGUGUAUGCAGAAAUUGACGAGCGUUCCAUGCAUUCAUUUCGAAAUCCGGAGAUGAAUGGUCACCUUGAGCCAGAGGGGGACCGACCCCUACCAUCAGCUCCCCCUAACGGGACGGUUCCUGUGGAUCACCAUGGCUACCUUACUCCCCAGAUCCGGAAGGACAGUGCUCCGGUCCUCGAGGAGGCUACGGGUGGCUAUACCGUACUACAGGAUUCCAAAGACGGGACGGUUUCGUACACAACCCUUCGACCGACCGAAACAGAUGACGACGCUGACUACAUUUCUCCAGACGAGGACGCCGCCUCACCAAAGCGACGAAGUGUGCCAGGGUCGCAGGUCAGCACGCCCCAGCCGACACCAAAACCAAGGCAACCAUCCACAGGGGACGAACCUUAUCAUGCAUACUUCAUACUGGAGAAGGAGAAUGUUGAACACGUGUAGCUGAAGUUAAAAUUCGACUAUAAACUUGUUGUUAACCUUUACAUGUGGAUAACUUCAAGCAUGCUUUUAUUUGUUAGGUAUACAUACAUAAUGAAGGACCUCAAGCUCGUCUAUAUAUCAUUAUAUACAGCGUGCGUAGACUUUCUUCUCAAAAAUCGAAGAAUUGGAGCAUGUGUACAUUCUUUCAUAUACAUUCAUUGCGGGUCGACUUCAUGUAAUGCAUUCACGAGCAACUAGAUGGGGAACUCUGAACCUUCCUUGUUUGUGUAUAUAGAGGACUUCGAUCGUGAGCAUGCGUAUUUCGUUACGUGUACAUUAACCACGGAAAGAGUUGUUUCGUAGGUAUGCCACCUUAGUUUCGUAUACAUUCAUUCUUCCACGAUUUGGAGCUCGUUCAGAUUUGUUAGUUAAUCAUUCACCAUUGAGGGAGAUUUUCCAGUUCCUGUAGACUUGUUACAUUUUAUGUAAACAUUCAAUCUUGAUGAAGGGCGUCAUUACGUGUAAAAAGACUUGUUUAAAUGCAGUCAUCUUUGAUGGAUGACUUUAGCACAAGCAGACUUAUAUAAAAACGGGACAUACAAUUACCAUUGAUGGGGAACUUAAAGCAGGUGUAAGGAUAGACUUGUUUCGUAUGCAUAAACUCUGCAGGGAGGUUCCCACACCAAUGGCGGACUUCAACCACGUGCGUAUUUGUAACGUGUACAUUCACUGCACGAGACUUGAUGAAGGACGUCGAGUACGUGUAAAAGACUUGUUCCGUAUACCUACAUCCUUGAAGGAGAAUUUAAGCACGUGUAGACAGUUUGAAUAUAUUAUUCAAUCAUGAUUGGUUGAUGACUUUAAGCACGUGUAGACAGUUUGAAUAUAUUAUUCAAUCAUGAUUGGUUGAUGACUUUGAGCACGUGUAUAUUUGUCAGUAUAUGAACGGUGUAUGAUGAUAAACAUCAUAAAGGUAGACAUUUUAUUUAAACCUUUGCUAAUUUAAGUAUGUGCCGUUAAAUCAACAAUAAGUUAGCGACCAAACAGUCUAGUCAUCCAAAAUUUACUGUAUAAUAGUCUAGCUAAUUGCAAAAUUUCAAGAUAACAAUACUUGUGCUUCAUUGUUUGGAAGGAGUAUUAUAUUUAUUGUUGAUUAUUGAUGUUGCUAAAUAUAGUCUUUCUAGCAAUCAAGAGACGAAAAUAGUAACUUUGGAUUCAAAAACAUAUUUUUUUUUAGUAUUUUGUUAUAAAUAAACGGAAAAUACAAAAUACUGUUGUUUGUUGUGAAUAUCAAGCUGGUAUUGAAAAGUAUUGAAUAAAAAUAACUAUGGGCUAUAAUUACCCUUGACAGAUGGACACUGACAUUACACCAUAAAUAUAAACCCACAUAGUUUUAGUACAAGGCGAGCUAGAACUGGUCAUCUAAUACAUGACAGUCAUACAGAGAGGAAACAGACUACAAGAAAGAUUUUAAUAAUUAGAACAGAAUCCUUUCCGAUACACAAAAAUGCAUAUCGUAUGCUCUGUGCAGAGAGAUAAGAGAGGUAACCCCCGGAGUAUCGAAGAUGUUUCCAGAAUUAACCUGAAUAUUUGUCGAUAUCCAGUCCUAGAUUAUUUCAGUGCAUAGUUCACUUGAAAUCAUCCUGACUGUUCAACAGUCAACAAACUUUUCUAUUCAACAGUUUGAAUUAAAUUUUACUGAUUAUUUGUACAUUGGAAGUAAAACUAAACUAUGUUUGCAGAAUUUGUGUUUUAUUUUCAAUCAACCAGUAGCCUUAGGCUGCUACACAUAUUUUUGUCAAGUUUUUAUUUUUAGUAGCAUAAAUUCAUAAAUUUGAAAAAUUGAAUAUGUGUUUUCACUUGAAUAAAAGAUUAUAUCAUAUCUAGGAUAUUUUGUAUUUGUUUAGUACAAAAUAAGGAAAAUCUUUUUUUCCCCCCAUUCGAACAGACCUUGUAACAUAAAGGGGAAUACAACUUUCAAGCUGACAUUAAACAACCGUAUUACCACAACCAACGGUGAACAAGUUCAUGGUAACAACUCGAAAUGUCAAAAGUUCAGAGGAUCCCCCUCGAAGUGAAACUGUCUCGUCUUCCGAGGCUAUACUCAAAAUAAGGAGUCAUUCAUAAAUAAUAGUAAUGUUACAUGUGUUGAGGGUUUAGAUCAAAUUUCGGAAAAAAUGCCACCACACGACUCCUAUAAUCUAUAACAUCAUUGGGGCGACAUUUUUACCGAAAUGUAGCUGCGACAAUCUUUCAGGUCCCUGUGAGUUGGAGGUAGGCUAGCACUAAGCAAGCUUGAUAACCAAGGUAACCCUACUCAUUCAUUUUCCAAUUGUUCGAAAGUCGAAAUACUAGCUAAUAACGCUUCUCCAUUACAAUCUUUCUGAAUACCCAUUAAUGAUAAGGAUACGGACCUUUGCCUCGUUUGUAUUGGAUUCCGAAAUUUCACCAGAAUCCUUAUCAAUAACAUUUUAUCACCGGCUCAUCUUGUUACUUAACCAAGAUAUAAUGCAAACUUAGUUCCUUGUUAUCAAGGUUACAAUCGCAUUGUGACUCUAUAUACUCAGUAAGUGGAAUACAUGUAAUUGGAUUUACAACAUUCUAUCAUAUUCUUGAACAUCCUCUUCUUAAAAAUUGACAAUGAUAUUCCGUCUUUUCGUAUUGCAGAGUUAUCUGCUCUUGUGAGCAGGUAUUGAUUGUUAGGUCAUUUGUUUGU